CAAGUGCAAGAACAUGGUUUCUGGAAUCUAUUCACUAUUAUGAAUAUGCGGAGGAUAUUGAUGUCAAAUCGGCCUAGAAGUGUUUACAUGCACAUCACUGGCAAUUUCUCAUUCGCCUGCAAAAACUAAACCGGAAUCGGGUUUGCAGCGCAGGAAGAAAAAAUCGCCCAUUUCCGAGCGUGCUUUUUUUGGCAUUUUCAAGUCUCACGCCGGUGGGAAGCCUUAGCUUCAUAAUGGAGACAAACAAUGGGGUUAAAGAGAAUGGUGGUCGCAUCGUAAUCAAUGUAAGCGGGGCGAUCUUCGAAGUAAGCGAGAGCAAGUUGCUACAUUUCCCUCAGUCGCUACUAGGCUGUCCUCAGAAAAGGAGCAAAUACUUUGAUUCUCAGCGCGAGGAGUAUUUCUUCGAUCGUCACCGACAAGCAUUCGAAGGUAUAUUGUUUUACUAUCAAAACGAAGGGAGAUUAGUUUAUCCGGACAAUGUGCCAUCAGAAGUAUUUGAUGAAGAAGUUAAGUUCUUUAUGCUCCCCGUUGAGCCAAACAGCUGUGAAAAGUUGGAAAGUGUUCUACUCGGCGAUUACAAUCGCUCGCGUCCUCUCAAUAUUUGGCAGAGGACACUUUGGGAAUUGUUUGAGUUUCCCAAUUCAUCUCUGGCUGCGAAAAUUCUGGCAGUUCUCUCGCAGGUGUUUAUUAGCAUAUCUUUAGCAGGUUCUUGUCUGAAAACUGUCGCAUCGCUUCAACCAGAGCCAUAUGAUGAUGACUGGUUUUCAUUCGAUCUUGUUUGCUACAGUUGGUUCACCUUAGAGUGCGCUGUGCGGUUACUCGCAUCCCCAAAUAAAAGCGAAUAUUUUAAAUUGCUGCCAAAUUGCGCUGAUUUUGCUACGAUCUUGAUUUUCUAUUUAGAACUCAUUGUGAAAAUGGCUUGGCCCUCGGCCACCGUGGUAGUCCGUUUACUGGAAACUUUUGCGGUCAUUCGAAUAUUAAAGUUAUUACGGUACUCCGAAGGGAUGAAAAUCCUGGUUAUUACUGUCGCAUCGGGCCUCAAGGACUUAGGCCUUUUGGUAACAUUUGCCACAACUUUUGUCAUUUUAGGUUCGAGUGCAGUAUUUUUUGUAGAACUGAACGACCGGGAUGAUAGCGACUUUAAGAGUAUUCCCGAUGCAUUUUGGUGGGCAAUAAUAACAAUUUGUACGGUUGGUUAUGGCGAUAAAGUUCCUGUCACAACACCGGGGAAGUUUAUGGGGGCUAUCUGUGCUGUUCUAGGCACGGUAACAGUAGCUCUCCCACUCUUCCGCUUCGCGGCUCAUUUUCGCACGAGUAUUGAAAACUCUUCUAACAUUCUACAGCGUCGCGAUAGAAAAGCUUCUUCUUCGAGACGAAAAAGUCGAUGAAAUAGCUUCGAUGCAUCCUUUUAGCGAUGAUUUUUAUUUUGUAUUUCAAGUGUUUUCGAAAGUUUAAAUUAAAAGGAGAAAAGUACACAUGACACACGAACAAAGUACCCGAGGCGAAAAUCGUUUUAUUUAAAAGGAUCAUUAUGUGAAGAAUAAGAAAAUAUUAAUUUAGGAAGAGAUUUUGUGCGGUGAAUAAAGUGACAGCUCGCAUUGUAAUAUGCAUUUAUGAACCACAAUCGAGUUGGCCAUUUUCCGGAAAUGACAUGUUCUGUAAAUUACGCUUUCCUUUCAUCGAUGAUUAUCAUAUUUUUAAUAUCCUGCAAGCGUUCUUGUGACAUACAAUUUAUUAAAAGGCAUAGAUGACAAGCAUUGAGAAAAAUUCGAUGAUUAAUUUUGAAAUUACUUGCCAGGUUCCUAUAUCUUCUUUAUUUUCUUGGCUUUGAGUCACGGGGAAAAAAACCGCACAAUAUCAAGACACUACUCCUCACCGCUAAAAGCGAUUGUUUACCAAAUUUCAGUUUUGUUUUUGAAACAAAGCUUCAGUCCAGGGUUUCCCUAAACAAAGAAAAAAUAAUGAGAAGCCAAGCUGGCAUUAGUAUUUGUUUUGAAAUGAAAUUCAUCUCGCUGUGAGAAAGCAUGUUUUGUGGAUCGAUUGUGAUGUUGUUUUAAUGAGUUACAAUUUUUCCUUUCCUCCAAACCUUUUAAGCAUUUCUUGGGUCUUCAAACCCAAUUAGUAAGAUUCUUUUUCUCCAACAUUGGACCCGUACGGGUGCCUUUGUUGUGGCCGUGACGUUUGUGAAAAGAUUUAAUUCGAAACACUGUGAAUAAACCCAAUAAUAAUGUUGACAGCGAAUUUAAAGAGAAAAGCUCAGUUAAUCAGAUAAGAACCUCAAGGGACAGGAUGAAUGGAACAUUUCUGGUUUUCAUUAUAUUUCGAAACCUGAUCCGUUUUCGCCGGCAGAAUUUUCAAAACAAACGGAUCUUUAGAGAGUUUUCGAGAAAGAAAUUCCUAAACGAAUACAUUAAAGAAUACCCCGAUUGUUUUUUUUUUUUUACUACGCUCUAUUUUAUUGUUACUCAUGCGGUCAAGGCGAAGGGCCAUUGAAAUGACAUCGUGCGCGACAGGAUGGUUGUGAGUUUAUUAUCAAAUAAUUUUGAUGAGUAAAGCUUGAAAUUUAAGCUAAUCAUUUGUAAUUAAACCGGAGAUGUGAAGCAAAAAUAUAUUAUUUAACAAAUUGACAGUGAUGGAUGUUGUAGGCGGGCACAGUUGCUCUUAGAAAUGAAACCCCAUCUUCGGCGCAAAAUUUUGUCAGACAUCGUAGCCGAGCUACCUGAUAUACUUGUAAAGAGUUUAGAUGUGAAACUGUACAAUAAUAAGACUAGAUCUGCGAGGCAAACAUGGGAUAUUUGUUUGGUAUCAACUGAUACAACUUUUGUUUAUUAGAAGUCUUCUACGUGACUUCCGCUCAGUGCAAAUAAAUCAGUGGUGGUUAGUUUCAGAGA